AGACUAGCAGGGGUGGAUAACUGGGUUUAACAAUGCACGUGCAUUUAUCACGUGUUUCUUCACCGAAGUUGUACGAAAAGAAUUAGCUGUUUGUGUGUUAACUUGAACAAGCCCAGCUGAGAAAAUGGGAGUUGUUUACAUGCCAAUGAUUAGUCUUGUAGCUGUACUAUUGAUAAUUCAGUAUGAGUGUGUAGAAAGUAUACCGCAUGGUUUUACCGUUCACGUUGGCGGUAAUUGUGGCGUGAACUUACAGAGUAAUUCCCCAAUGAUCAAAAUUACUUCUGAUUUGAACAUAGAAGCCCAUGCCGAAUGUGUGAAUGGAGAAAAGAGUUUCGUGUCAUUUGAUAGAGUUAAUUAUCAGUUGAAAGGUUCAUUCUUCUCUGGAAGCAAUUUCUGUGUAUUUAAGAGGCGGAACAAUACUAACGUUUAUACUGUGGAUAUCGGUAUUGCAUAUGGCGAAUCAUCAAACACGCUACAGAGAAAUGUUAUGAAACGAACAAUGACGUGUACUUUCGAUAGAACUGGUAUACGACAAUCCAGUCAACAUGGAUUAUUAAAAAGUUUGAUGUCCCCAGUAGAAGUUCGUGGUGAUGCAGGAAAAAAGACAACAUCUACACUAUCUUUAGAUCUGUAUGAUGUUAGCGGUAGUCGUAUAACCGGUGCUGUUCGAAAUGGCCGUACCGUUUAUCUUGCAGCUACAGCUGAUGGACGCAAUAAAGAAGUCGGAAUACGACCUGUAACGUGUAAGGCUAUAAGUACAUCAACUCGUAAGUCAGCCGAAUUUCUACGAGCCGGAUGUGGUGUAGGAAUUAUAUUUACACACAAUGUAGGUUUCAAAACGACUGGUCGACAGACGAGAAGUCCAUAUUUCAACAUCUACCAAGUAAAUGAUGAUAAAUAUAUUGCGUAUGAAUGUUUGUUUACCUUGUGUUUUAAAAAUUGUGAUGGAAGUUCAUGUGCCACUAGAAGCAAGCGUUCAACUGGUCGAGAUGAAGAAACGAUUGUUCUCCGUACUAAACAGACAUAUUUACUGGAAUGAUCGUGCAAUAAAAACAGAUUGUUAUAAAUAUAUAAAUAUAACAAAAAAACCCUGUCCUAAUGGUUUUC